GAGUGCGUUAGUCGAAAGUAAAGCUGUCAGGAUGAAAUCGGUCGUGCUUCUUGUUGCCCUGUUUGCGGCGGUCAGCGCCAACAUCGACAUCGACUGGUCGAAGGUUCGACCGAUCGAGGAGUUCGAUCACUACUGGGCCCGUCUGCCGGCGGAGCUGCAGAUCUACCGUAAGAUGCUUCCGUCGCACCGUAUCGUCAACGGCCAGGAAGCGACGCCCGGUCAGUUCCCGUACCAGAUCGCUCUGCUGAGUAACUUUGCCGGCGGUACUGGUCUGUGCGGAGGUUCGGUCCUCACCAACAACUACAUCCUGACUGCUGCCCAUUGUGUCAUCACCGGUGUUUCGACUCCGGCUCUUGGAGGUACUGCCAUCAUCGGUGCUCACAACCGUGUCGUUGUGGAGCCAUCCCAGCAGCGCAUUUCUUUCUCGACCGCCGGAAUCAUUGCCCACCCGGGAUACAAUCCGACCAACAUCCGUAACGAUAUUGCCGUGGUGCGUCUGAACUCCCCUAUCGUCUUCAACGAUCGUGUUCAGCCUAUCCGUCUGCCAGCUCGCUCGGACUCUCGUCAGUUCGGAGGAUUCACCGGAACCGUGUCCGGAUUCGGUCGUACCACCGAUACCGGUUCUACUUCGAACGUCGUGAUGUUCACCAGCAACCCGGUCAUGACCAACGCUGACUGUAUCGCUCGCUGGAACACUGCCCUGAUCCAGCCCCAGAACGUGUGCCUGAGCGGAGAUGGUGGUCGCUCGUCGUGCAACGGUGACUCCGGUGGUCCGCUGGCCGUCCAGGACGGUGGAAGCCUCCAGAUCGGUGUUGUGUCGUUCGGAUCUGCUGCCGGUUGCUCGAUCGGUAUGCCGUCGGUGUACGCCCGUGUGUCGUUCUUCCUGGACUGGAUCGAGGCCAACUCGGACUUCACUGCUGCCCCUUAAGAUGUGAACAAUAUAGACAAAAAAUUUUUUUUUUGAAACAAAAA